AGGACACAUCCUGGACAUGGCCUCAGAGAUCCACAUGCCCGGCCCAGUGUGCCUCAUUAAGAACACUAAAGGACAACUUAGAGUUAAUCAGGAAGCUUUGGAGAUCCUGUCUGCCAUUACAGAGCCUGUGGUGGUAGUGGCUAUUGCGGGCCUCUACCGCACAGGCAAAUCCUACCUGAUGAACAAGCUGGCUGGGAAGAACAAGGGUUUUCCUCUGGGCUCCACGGUGAGAUCUGAAACCAAAGGCAUCUGGAUGUGGUGUAUGCCCCACCCCUACAAACCCAACAACACCCUGGUCCUUCUAGACACUGAGGGUUUGGGUGAUGUGGAAAAGGGAGACCUUAAGAAUGACUCAUGGAUCUUUGCCCUGGCUGUGCUUCUGAGCAGCACUUUUGUCUACAACAGCAUGGGCACCAUCAACCUCCAGGCCCUUGAGCAACUACACUAUGUGACUAAACUAUCAGAGCUAAUCAGAACACAAUCCUGCCCCAGAACUGAUGAAGUAGAGGACUCCUCUGAGUUUGUGAGUUUUUUCCCAGACUUUGUUUGGGCUGUUCGGGAUUUCAUGCUGGAGCUGAAGUUAGAUGAACACCCCAUCACAGAAGAUGAGUACCUGGGGCAUGCCUUGAAGCUGAUUCAAGGCGAGAAUCCUCAAAUCAAAAAUUCUAACUUGAGUAAAGAGUGCAUCAGGUAUUUCUUUCCAAAACGAAAGUGCUUUGUCUUUGACCGACCAACAAGUGACAAAAAACUCUUAGUCCGUAUUGAAGAUGUACCAGAAUAUCAGCUGGAUUAUAACUUUCAGAAACAAUCAAGAAAAUUUUGUUCUUAUAUCUACUCCCAUGCAAAAACCAAGAACUUGGGAGAUGGAAUCAUUGCCACUGGAAAGCGACUGGGGACUCUGGUGGUGACCUAUGUAGAGGCCAUCAACAGUGGAGGAGUGCCUUGUUUGGAGAACGCAGUGACAACUCUGGCCCUUCUUGAGAACUCAGCAGCUGUGCAGAAGGCAGCCGACCAAUACAGCCAGCAAAUGGCCCAGCAAGUGAAGUUCCCUACAGAAACACUCCAGGAAUUCCUGGGCGUGCAUGAGGCCUGUGAGAAGGAAGCCAUUGCAGUCUUCAAUGCACAGUCCUUCAAGAAUGAAAAUCAGGAAUUCCAGCAGAAGCUUGUGGAAACCAUACGUCAAAAGAUGGCAAAUAUCUUGCAGCAAAAUGAAGAUGCAUCUACCAAAUAUUGUCAGGAAGAGCUUAAGAGGCUUUCAGAGCCCUUGAUGAAAAGCAUUUCAAGAGGAACUUUCUGUGUUCCUGGCGGACACAGUCUCUACUUAGAAGAAAAGAAAAAGCUUGAACAUUACUAUAAUCUAGUACCCAGGAAAGGAGUUAAGGCAAAUGAAGAAUUGCAGCGUUUCCUGCAGUCACUGGUGGUUGUAGAGAAAUCCAUCCUGCAGACAGACAAAGCUCUCACCACUCAAGAGAAGGCCUCGGCAGCUGAGCGGACCCAGAAUGAGAUUGCUGAGAAAGAAGAGAAGCUGAAAGAAGAGCAAAAGACGGACCUUGAGCAAAUGAGAAAAUCUCAAGAGAGAAUAUUCUGGAAAGUCAUAGACCUACUGCAGGAGAUACAUGAGAAGAAUACCGAAAACCGUGUGAGAGACUUGAAAUGGAUACUGGAUCACAAGCUGCAGGUUCAAGAACAACUGUGUGCUGAAGGAUUUCCACAGAAAUCUGAGAAGAUAAAUAAAGAGAUAAAUCGACUGCUAAAAAGCAUUGAAUUAAAAAAUAAUGAAAAGUCUUCACUGCCUUCAAAGAUAUUUGAAAUGACUUUCACAACAUUUGUGGAAAGAGUUACGGAUUUUCUGUUUAAAAAGGCAUGUAAACAUCUCAAAGAAAAUUUUAAGUGA